AUGGCUGGUUCCGCGCGGUUAAAUAUCUUAGUACAAGAGAAGACCAUGGGUCUCCUGUACCCGGCUGGCGGUGUUCUCGUCUUCCUGGUCAUUGUUGGGCUUUACAUGCUCUUCAAUGGCGAGGGUGAAGCCUUCAACAUCGGCUUGUUUCUCGAGACAGUGUCUCCAUAUACUUUUGCAACCACUGGCAUAGGUCUAUGUAUCGGUUUAUCAGUCGUCGGAGCAGCGUGGGGAAUAUUCAUCACGGGCUCCUCGAUCCUAGGCGGUGCGGUCAAGGCCCCAAGAAUACGGACGAAAAACCUGAUUUCUAUCAUCUUCUGCGAAGUCGUGGCCAUUUACGGCGUUAUAAUGUCCAUUGUCUUUUCUUCCAAGAUUUCCUACGUCCCCACCGACGACCUGUCCUCCGGAAGCAACUUGUACACUGGUUAUGCACUAUUCUGGGGCGGCUUGACAGUCGGGGUAUGCAACCUCGUCUGCGGUAUUGCUGUGGGCGUGAACGGAAGCAGUGCGGCGUUGGCUGAUGCGGCGGAUCCUUCCUUAUUCGUCAAAGUCCUUGUGAUUGAGAUCUUUAGCUCCGUCCUUGGCCUCUUCGGUCUGAUUGUCGGCCUACUGAUAUCCGGAAAGGCAAACGACUUUGCUUGAAGGUCGUGAAACAGUCGAGAAAAUUAUUGUGAAAUUCAUCUGGAUACAUUGUAGACAUAGGAAUAUUCCCUGUCACAAAAUGAGGCAUGAGGUUGGAGAGUCCCGUUGUGCCAGGAAUCUCUUAUGCAAUACAAGAUAGCUGGCGCAUUUUUUUUGCAACUUUUACAACUUUUACAACUUUUUACAUAUUUAUUGUUUUCCCUCCUUCAUUUACCAUCAACCCACGAUAAAAUUAAUCCGGGGCGAUUUGGACUAAAAUUUCCCAUGUGAUAUAUUACGAAUGGACUAGACAUGGAGUCAUAGCUUUUUUAAUGUGCCCAGCAUGGAGGGACAGAUGUGUGUGGAAAUGCAUCUAGGAAGGAAGGGAAUGGAAUCACUGCCCGUUCAGUCAGGUGUUUUGAUAUAUUCUGUAUAGUAUUUUUGUUUGCAUGGGAGUAUUAUUUUAUCUCCUGUCUUCGUCCGGUCAUAUCUCAAUUUAUCCACAGUGUGGACGGUUUCGACUC